AUGUCCCUCGGGGCUUCUGCCGACCUUCGAGAUCGUUCAGUGAGCCCUUACAUCGCACUGCUCAUCAUCAAAUUAUAUUUCUGUGAGAGGAAGGGCGGUGGUCACUUCAGUCCACGCGUGUCAAGGGUUACUCUGCUUUCCCUCUUCAGUGUGACGUCACAACAAGCAAACCUACAACCUCCAGCCUACAACCCUCCCGCCCCAGCCUACAGUGCCCCUGCACCUGCCCCGUCAGGACCUGCACAGUACGACUUCAACUAUGCCGUGAAAGACGACUACUCCGGAAACGACUUCGGUCACCAAGAAAGCCGAAACGGAUACGACACUCAGGGUACCUACUACGUCCAGCUUCCCGACGGUCGUCUGCAGACGGUGACCUACACCGUGAACGGCGACUCUGGCUACGUAGCUGAGGUUUCUUACCAAGGAGAAGCCCAAUACCCAGCCCAGGAGCCUUCCAGGUCCUACCAACCUGCUCCAGCUCCAUCCUACCAGCCUGCCCCCUCCCCAUCCUACCAACCUGCUCCCACUCCUGCCUAUGGCUAAUCUUUCAUAUCGAUAUACUAGAUCCUGAAAAAGAACGUGUCUCUUAUUGUAAAUAAACCAUUGUGUUCAA